UAAAUUGAAGGGGAGAGAGUAACAAAGACGGAGAGAAGAGAGAAAGCGAGACAGCGAGAGUGUGUUGUGUGAAAGUGGAGAAGGAUGCCUCGGAGCAGCUUUUCAGGUUCUGUGACUACUCCUAAAGUCGACGUCGCGAUUGACAUGGGCAACCCUUUCCUCAACCUCACCGUCGAUGGUUUCUUGAAGAUCGGCACCGUCGCCGCUACCAGAGCAGCUGCAGAGGAUGCCUAUCACGUCCUUAGAAAAGGGAAUAUUUCUAAGCACAAUCUUGAGCACACGCUGAAGAAGAUGUGUAAAGAAGGCGCGUAUUGGGGAACUGUGGCUGGAGUGUAUGUGGGAAUGGAGUAUGGAGCAGAGAGGAUUCGUGGCACAAGAGACUGGAAGAAUGCCAUGAUGGGCGGUGUGGUGACAGGUGCCCUGGUAUCUGCAGCUAGCAACAACAGCAAAGACAAGAUUGUGAUGGAUGCCAUUACAGGCGGUGCGGUUGCCACUGCUGCAGAGUUUCUCAACUACCUCGUUUGAACUGAUGGCUCUAAUGUUCUCCCUUAUCUCUAUCAUAACACUCCGAGAAGGAAGAAUGUACGGCCUUUUACUUUGUCAUUUCCUUGUGAAGUAGUAAGUUUGUAAGUAUAGAAACUGAACUGAAUUUUGAAUAAGUCUAACCACUUGAUUUGGUGGAUGUGCUCUUCUAUUAUUAUUUUUUUUAUAAGUAAUAAAGGAUAAUUGAUAGAUGUC